UCUCUAAAACAUGUCUGUACCGUACUGGAAGCAAACAUGAAUAAUGACCUUAAAAGUCUUCCGAAACGAUUUCAGCUGGAAAGCAUAGAUGUAUGGCUAAAACGGUUUGAGAAGAAGAUAGACGUUCUUGCCAGCACUGAUAAUUCUCUAACAUCGGUCGCACUGAAGGAAAAUCCAACACAACGUAGUAGUCCAUCAAUUAAAGAGAUCGCUUCUAAACUUUUAUCCUCCCCUCCAGAUAGGGAUAAUAGGGAUAACAGUGCAGAGCCGCAGAUCUAUCUAAGAACAUUACUUGAAUUCCUUUUGCAAUAUUAUGAUGAUUGUAUGACAUGCUUAACACCAGGCAUUAUUUCUCUAUUUCCUAUGCUUAUAGAGUAUGCUAAUGAGGAUGAAAACGAGAGCAACGAGUCAUUCAAAGACAUUGACAUUAGAAAUAAUGCUAGUUCAUUAGUGCACGAGUACAUGUCUAGUUUACUAGUGAAUGCAAGAUUUGCAGAAUCUUUCCCCGAUGUUGUGAUCAGGACCUUCCAUAGGACUGGUUUAUGGCGUGUCCGUGUUUCUGUGUUGAAAUACCUACAAGUUCUCGUAUUUUCCAAUAUUUAUAUCCUAGAAAGAUGUUCUGUUCCAACAAAGGUAAUACAAUUAUUAUUUGAAGCUCUCAAAGAUAGACAGGUGGAAGUACGCCUUGAAGCAUCUCGAUGUUUGCUUACUCUAAUUUUCUGUGAUUAUGUUAAAAUUGACAAAUUUCUGCAGGAAAAAAUUGAUUCCUAUUUUAAAAGCACACAUCGAUGUACUUUACAUGGUGCAGUAUUAGCUAUGGGAGCAGUUGUAAUGGCACAUCCAUUUUCCACCCCUUCAUAUCUUAUCCCCAUGCUCAAAUCCUUAUGUGCUAUCACUAGUCAUAGUGCUGAGCUACAGGCAAGUUCUAACAAACUUAACUAA